AUGCACCAUAAAACCCUCACGUUUCGCCCCAAGUUUGCGUUGGUCAAACGUCUCAACAUGAUUUUUAAAUCCACACCAGUCAAGAACAUUGUUGGUGAGAAGAUCGCCAGCGUUCUUCCAGACUAUGGUAAGCCAUGGUUUAAAGUGGGUCAUCUUUUGCAGCUCAAUUUGCUUUUGAUUGUGCCUCUUCUUUCGUCAGCCGCGGGCGGCUACGAUGGUUCUUUGAUGAAUGGUCUCCAGUCGAUGACAGAAUGGAGAGAAGAGUUCGGUAACCCUCAGGGAACGAUGUUGGGUUUUGUUAAUGCUGCUAUGUGCUUUGGUGCAUUAAUAGCUCUUCCUAUUAGUGGUUGGUUCCCCGAUUUAAUUGGCAGAAAGAAGACCUUGCUUCUUGGUAUUUUUGGAAUUAUUGUCGCUACAAUAAUUCAGGCUACAAGUACUACAUUGGCGCAAUUGAUUGUCUCUAGAUUUGUUGUUGGUUUUGCAGGCCAGGUUGCUGGCCAGCCAUCUCCCAUGCUAAUUGCUGAAUUGUCGUACCCGACUUACCGUGGUAAGGCAACCUCCAUGUACAACUGCUUAUUUUACAUUGGCGGUAUUUUGGCAUCCUGGACUUGUUACGGUUGCACUGAUCGUGGUGACAAUUGGGCUUGGCGUAUUCCUGUGAUUCUUCAGGCUGGUUACCCUGCUGUCCAGCUUGUUUUCUUCUGGUUCGUUCCUGAGAGCCCUAGAUGGCUUAUAUCCAAGGGUAAAAUGGACGAGGCGAGAGCCAUUUUGGUGAAGUAUCACGCCGGUGGGGAUGCCGACAGCCCACUCGUGGACGUUGAAAUCCAGGAAAUUGUCGCUGCUUUAGAGAUGGAGAGAGAAGCUAACCAAACUAAAUGGACCGAUCUUGUUUCUACUCCAGGCAAUAGAAGGAGAACAUACAUCUCCGUCACUCUUGGUGUCGCAUCCCAGUGGAGUGGUCUUGCAGUUGUCUCUUACUACUUAACCUUGGUCCUCGAUACCAUCGGUAUUACUUCUUCGUCGAUGCAAACCCUUAUAAACGGUCUUCUUCAAAUCUUUAACUUUAUCGCUGCCGUUUCUGCUGCGUUGCUCGUGGAUUUCCUCGGUAGGAGAACAUUAUUUCUUUGGUCUGGGUUGGGAAUGCUUAUCUCAUACAUUAUUUGGACUGCUUGCUCGGCUACUUUUGACAAGACUGGUUCUGUGGCUUGUGGUAGGGCUGUUCUUGGCUUCAUCUUUAUCUUCGCCUUCCACUACGAUAUCGCUUACACUCCUUUGGUGAUGGGUUACCCUACCGAGAUUUUCCCAUUCUCCUUGCGUUCCAAAGGUAUUACUGCAGUCAUGUUUAGUGUGCAAGGUUCAUUGGCAAUUGCUGGAUUCUGUAACUCUAUCGCUCUCGAUAGAAUCGGUUGGAAGUACUAUAUUGUCUUCUGCGUGUUGCUCGCCCUCAUUUCUGUCAACUCUUACUUCUUCUACCCAGAGACAAAAGGUUACUCAUUGGAAGAAAUUGCAGAGUUAUUCGACGGAAAGGGUGUAUUGGAUAUCGAGGUGGCAUCUGUUGCCAAGAUCGAAGAAAAAGAUGACAAAAUGGACCUCAAGACCGAGAUUCAACACAUCGAGUCUUCAUCUAUCUGA